AUGAAUAGAGAGAAAGAAAGGGAAGACGCCAAACGACGAGACAUUUUUUUACAUAUCUCAGAUGCUGAGUUGCUUGGCGAUUUGCCGGUAGAUGGACAAGUUAACAAAGCGCUUUACGACGAGGUGAAGAAGAAGCAAGAUCUCUUGAGGCAGUUAAAGUCUAAGGUUGAAAAGGAAUUGGAACGUCGAGACAAGCUAGAAGAGGAACUUGCAAAAGUAAGCGAGGAACGAAACAGUCUCAAGCGUCAAAGCGAACUUAAUGCAAAGUUGCUGGAAGACGAAGAACAUUUGGCUAGAAUUACGGAAGCAGAAAAAAAACGAGUUCUCAAGGAAUUGAUUGAAGCCAAGAUCAAGCUGUAUGAUAAAAAAGACAAAGUGAAGAAUUUAAAGAACAUCUGUGAAAGUCAAAGAACGAUUCUGCAGGCUUCUCCUUAUGUUGAAUUCUCAGCGUAUUUAAGGCUUAUCAAAAUUUUAGCUUUGGCGAAUUCACGACCUAAAGAUGGUAGUACGAAUCAUGCCAAGGAAUUAUCGGCGAUAUCAGCAAAGAAGGCCAUGGAACAAGAAAAUAAAAGUAUAGCGGUCGAAACUGAAGAAGUUCAAAAGCUGCAAGAGAAAUUUCAGAAUCAUCUUUCAGAAAUUGAAAAGAAAAGAAGUGAUAUUUGGGCACAAAUUGAGAUUGUAAAUAGAGAUUUAAAGGAGCAAGAAAAUAAGGCUGAUAAGGCAAAAAAAGAAUAUUUGAAAAUAAAGGAUCUGGAGCAACAGGAGAAAAUAAAAAACAAUAAGAACAAGGAAAAAAUGGAAAAAAUUUUGCAAAGGUUAUCAGAGGCUGAAAAAGAGGUAACUUCUCUUGACAACGAGGUAAAGGCUUAUGAACAUCACUGGGAAGAGCUUCAAGACGUGUUAUCGAAGGCUGAUUCAGAUAUAUUGUCUGUGAUUGCAAUCAAAACAAAAGAGGAGAAAAAGAAUGAAUCUAUCGAGAGAAAAUUAUCCGAUCUAGAAUCAGAUAUGUCGUAG